CAUUUGUCCAACCAACAAUUUUUGCAACAUUUAAUAAAAUUAUUAAAAAAAACUAAUAAAGAAAAGCAAAAGGAAGUUGGUGAAAAAGGAGCAGAAAGUGAUAAAGGAAAGCAAAAGGAAGUUGUCGAAGAAGGAGCAGAAAUUGAUAAAGAAACACAAAAAGAAAUUGGUGAAAAAGGAGCUGAAGUUGAUAAAAGAAAACAGAAGGAAGUUGACAAAGAAGGAGCUGAAAUUAAUAAAGGAAAACAGAAGGAAGUUGGCGAAGAAGGAACCGAAGUUGAUAAAGGAAAGCAGAAGGAAGUUGGCAAAGAAGGAGCUGAA